AUGACGAUUCUCCGAUUACCAACUCUAAUAUUAUUUUUCGUUUUGUUGACAAUUUGUGAUGCAAUUCCUCUAUAUCGACGAAUAUCGAAUGAACGAAGAAAUGAUCCAAAACAGCAAUUGUUAUUGUGGCCUGAGGAUGUCGGAUCGAUAAAAAAUCUUCCGAAACGAAUUCGCCGAUCCCAGCCACUUGGAGCCGAGAUUCUCUAUGGAGAUGCGGAGAAUUCCUAUUGGGAAUCACCGCGGUGGCGACGUUCACAACCCACCGGAGCCGAGAGUCUUUAUGAUACGGAACAGUCAUUACAAUGGCCUGUCGCUCGUUUGAGGCGAUCGAUCCCGUUGGACAUUGAGAAUUUCUAUGGAACAACUCAAGAUUCUUUGUUUGAUUCAUGGCCUAUGGCGAGAAAUCGGCGAACAAUGGAUUUCGAGAGUCUUUAUGAUGAGAAUCAGAUGAACGAAUACCCAGUUCUGUGGUCAUUGUCCCGACGGAGACGAUCCCAACCAAUUGAAACCGAUUAUUCGGAUGAGUUCAAGAUAGAUCCAAUUGGAUCCCCGAUUCCCGUCAUUUAUGUAAAU